AUGAAGAUUGCAAUCUACCUCAUCUUUAUCACAAUUAAAGUCUCUGGGGAAAAAUACCAUGAAUCUUGGAAAGACAAUGGUGUGCUGAAAUAUGUCACUACCUUUACGUCAGAAGAUUUGAUUCAACAGAAUUUUUCAAAAUCAACCAGUGACAGAGUCAUUAUUACAGACAAUCCUAAGCAACUUUCAACAUCACAUGCCUCAGUGAGUGAAAUAUUUUCCUCAGGAGUUCGUCAAAAAGAGACAGAAGCUGUGAAUUCUCAAGACAGUACAGGAACAUUGUCACAUUCGGUCGUUAAUAUAUCCCCUGUACAACUGACCAAAAUUGUUAAAGCUUCUUCUACGACAAUUGUUCAUGGUAAAACUUUUGACGUUUCAAAAAUUAUAACAGAAGAUAUCGAGAAAUAUACAAACAAUCGUCAACCUUUAAGUACAUUAUUUUCCUCUCCUUUGCUAUCGAAGGUAACACUCCAUGUGCAGGCAAAUAACACUGAAGAAAGAAACAAUAUCUUAGAACAAUCAACAACCUCUUCACCAAGUUCAAAAGAAAUUUCGACAGUUAUCCCAACUAAAAGUAAAACAUCGGAGACAAGAUCGACCACAAGCACAUCGUCAAAUCAGCCCCAGAAGAAUACCCCUGGUAAAUAUCGGCCAACAGUAAUCGACCACAAAUCAGAUACAAGAACAAGAACUCCUUCAACAUUGACAAUUACAUCAAGGAAGAAGAUAAAAACUACAAAAGGGGGCAGAAAGCAAACAGUUUGGGGCCCAACAGAGACCCCUAAACAAAAACACGUUUCAAAACAUUUCAAAACAUCCUUAACAUCCAAAUUUUCUUCUACUUCUCCAAAGUUUGAACAAAAAACUACAUCAAAAGAGAAAACUUCCCAUCCAGACUCACAGCAUGUUUACUCAACCAUGAAAACAAUAAUGCCACGCACGGUAUCUUCGAAUUCGUCAGUUGUUUUCACGAAGAUUUCAUCAAAAAGUCGAAUUCCUCACAUCUUAAGCACGAGAAAACACUUCGAGACAAAGUCAAUCUCAAGCAUUGUCACCAGAUCACAGAAGCAUACAAAUCGUCAGGAUUUUCUUACGACAUUAAGGCCUCAGUACCGUGGAGAAACUAAGAUUCUGAUUAACGAAAUCGUUAUAUCUCAGACAAAACCAAACGAACAAUUCAUCGAGCUUAAGAUUUCAAGUGAUUUUACUCACGAUCUUAGAUCGUAUAAGGUUGUGGUAUUCAGUGGAAGGGGCGAAGUGCUAUCUACCAUUGAUAUGCAUGGCAACACCGGAAAACAGUACAAAAUCCUGGCGAAUGAAGAUAUUCAUGUCAACAUUCGAAAAGAACUAGAAGAAAGGAAGAGCCUUGCAGUGGCUGUUUACCACCGGUCAGAGUCGGUAUCCAGUGAUAUUACAAUGCACAGUAAAGGUGUGAUGGACGCCAUUGUUCUGACUGCCUAUGACGGCAAACCUUCCAAUCAGCUGAUGCAGAAUCUUAUGAAUGACAAUGUGUCACCAUUUCAUGUAUCUUCAAGUGCAUUAAAGAAUGGUGGUUCAAUCAGUCGCUGUGCGGAAAACCAUGUUCGUGACACACAGGACUUUAUGGAAUUAUCGAGACCGAAGGCAACAAGAGGAUUCCGAAACAUGAGAUGCCCUAAAAACAUCCCAACACCCAGCAGUAAUUCAUUCGAUAACGUGAAGAUGACCUUAGCAGUAGUGAUGUCCUGUCUGGCCUUGUUCCUUGUCAUCGUUUUCUUCGUCGUCAUGAUGAUUAAACAUAAGCAACGACAGAUAAAAUUAAUGCAGUCCUCUCUUUGGUUAAAAGAUGACGAGGACGAGGAUGUCGUAUUAAAGAUGGGAUCCGUGACUUUUGACGAAAAUCCAGAGAAUCCGACAUUCAAAAACGACGUCUAUUUGACAAUAAAAUCAUGAAAUAUUUUCGAAUUUUAAUUGG